GCUGCUGGAGUCUUCUCACCACUGGAUGGGCACCUCAAUGGCUGGGUCACUAAUAGUCCCUUGGAGUCAGCAGAGGUCAGUCCCUCAGAUUAAUACUAUCAUACACGGGCGGCAUCUGUUACCAGGGUCAGGGGAGGAGAGUCCUGAAGGUCAGCCUGCUUACAAAGAUACAUACCAGGCGCAAGUGCAGGCGGCGUGGCAGAAGAGCUGGAACCAGACCCAAUCACUCCUGCAGAACCUAAGGUUUCGUGAGCGUGGACCACUGAAGUCUUGGAGGCCAGAAACCAUGGCCGAGGCUAUCCAUGCUGUGCUGAAGGAAGGGUUGUCGCUGUCUCAGGCCGCCCGCAAGUAUGACAUCCCAUACCCCACCUUCGUUCUUUAUGCCAACCGAGUUCACAACCUCUUGGGGCCGUCACAGGAACCUGGGGACAUGAGGCCUAAGGGACGUGGCAGACCACAGAGGAUCCUGCUUGGGUCAUGGCCUGAAGAGCAGAUUAAGGGUGUGAUCAGGGCCGUCGUCUUCAGGGACACCUCUGUGUUCAAGGACAAUGAACAUAAAUUGGGCGGGAAGACAAAGGAAAACAAGCAUCCACAAGCGCCCAAGCUGCCUCGGGAGGAUCCUAGUGCAUUGCUUGUCAAACCCAAUGGCCCAGUAUUGCCCAAUGUAUCUGGCAUCUUAGGGCUAUCCAUGGACACACCUGACAAUGGUAGCCUAUCAACUGCACCCAGUACUCCAGCAUCAUCUACCCCAGCGCCAUCAACACCCGCACCUACUACCCCCAUCCCAACACCAUCUACCACACCUAUUGCCUUGCCCCUCACAACACCUCCAACUCCAGGAAGCACUGUGGUUACAGCAGCUGGCAGUCCGAUAUCUAGCGAAUCUCGUGUGGCUAAUAUCUCCAUGAGUAAUUCCACCCCACCUCCAACCAGCAUCGUGUCUGCUUGCCUCACAACUACAACACUUACUUCCUCUAUCAUGUCCUCACCGGUGUUUAGUCUUACUAACAGCAUUAACACCAACAGUAAUGGCAGUAUUACUAGUAAUGGAGAGCCACCAGUUAGUCCUUCUCAAGGGACUCAACAGCGAGAGAUGUCCCCACAGAACCCUCAUCAAAAUCAACAGCAGGAACAGCAGCAUCAACAGCAUCAAGAACUACAAAUGCAGCAGGAGCAGCAGUCACAGCAACAACAGUCACAGCCAUCACAAUCACAACAGCAGCAACAACACCCACAACAGCAGCCAUCAACACCACAGCCACAGCACCAAACCCAACAUCAAGCCCACCGCCAGGCUCUACACCCGAGCCCACACCCAGGCCCACUUCCUGGGCCACACCCUGGGCAACACCCAGGCUCACACCCAGGCCCACACCCUGGUCCACAUCAUAGCCCACUCCAAGGCUCACAACAUGCCCCACUCCAGGGACCACACCGGAGUCACCUUCCAGGUCAGCACUCUGGCCAGCAGCACCAGGGACAACACCAAGGACAGCACCAACAGCACCCGCAGUCACAACACACACCACAGCAUCACCAAGCACAGCAUCCUCAACUUGGAGGUCUUUUGCCUAGUGGACUUCCCUCACCUCUGGCUACAUCUUUGGCGUCACCUGUCCAUUUGGCACGAUUGUUUGGUGAAGGUACUCAUCCUCACCUUCCUGGUCACCAGCCUCCACAACACCCUCAAGCACCCAUCAGUCCCUUCCACCCUGCCUUCCCCCGACACCCUCAUCCUUCUGCUGCAAUGCAGGUCAUGAAUGCCAUGAAUAGUCUCAAUGCUCAUGCUUCUCGCAUGAAUUCUAAUGAUAUUGAGCCAUCACCUGAAGCAUUGCUGUUCAAUAAGUUAACAAAUCCUCAUAUGAAUCCCACUCAAGGUAGUAGUGACACACUUGCACGAAGUGGUCCAACCCAAAAUCAGUUUGACAACCAUGGAGAUGCCUCCACCUUGUCAGGUAUGGUAGACCGUGCAUCACUAAUGUAUCGUGAUGGACUUGAUGUCAUUAAAUCUGAACCUGAACCCAUCCUGAAUUGAAAUUUCCACAGCUCUUUAACAAUGGCCCCCACAUACUGUAGAGAGCCUCAGUGUUGGUGAUAAACAGCAACUAAUUUUGAUAGCAGUUUUCAUGCUGUCUGAAGUGUGUCUCCAUACUGCUGGUUUUGUUGUGCAGUGUAUAGGAUCCCGAAAUAAUAAAUUUUUAUGUAGGGACCAUAUUAUCUAAGAAAAUUUUGCACACUUCUUUAUAAGAGCAUAUUUUAAUUGAUUAUGUAAAUAGUAGAGAGAAUUACAGUACAUAAGUAGCUUUGCAUCUGCAUUUGUCCAAAACAGUUGGGCAUUACCUCAAAGUGAAACUCAUUCAGACGCAAUGUCACUGUACAAACUGGACAUGCCAAUAUUCCCCUUCUGUAUAUAAUAAUGGUGAUUGGUGCAUGUACCUGUGUGUGCUGCCUUGCACCCUUCACUCUCAUCUGAAGAAUGGGUUUUUAUACCUUAAAAGGUAUUGUUGCUUUACUUGUUAGUAAUAGAUCAGAAGCUGAUGUAGAACUAGAGUAUAGGAGCACCUGGUUUAUGGUAGUGCGUUAAUUUAUUUUGCUGAUCCAAGAAUAUACUUGCCUUCACCUGAUCUUUUGCCUUAAUUGAGAGGAGGGCCAUGGUCAUGCCCAUGUGGCAAGUGGUAUAAGGCUCUUCUGCCCACCCACCAUUUAAACAUUCACAUUUGAAAUGUUUUUUCAGCAAUUCAUUUGCUCCUUUAGUAUAUACUGUAUGUAGAAGUAACUAAUGGAGGAUCAUUCCUAUAACAAAAAACUGGGCAUCUUGACUUUCCCUGUUUAUUCUAAUGAGAAUGUGUACCUAAUAGGUACCAAAAUUGUGUUAGUAAAAUGUUAGGUAGACAUUUUUUCAGUGUAUUUAAUCCAAUGUCUUAAUAUUUUAAAAGUAUGGAAGAAUCAUCUGAUACUGUCAUGAAUAUCAAAGACUACAAAGGGAAUCUGAUUCAUUGUUAUACUUGUUGAUUAUGUAAUACACUAAUUUAAGUUUUGGACUGUAAUCCAAAAUAUGUUGUUCUUAUUUUCCAAUUGAUUUUAUAGACAUAUACAAUAUAUAACCAAAGUAUACAUGAUAGGUUAAGGCUAUUUUAAUACUUGUAGUUUGUAAGAUAUGAUCAUAAACUUAAGAAAGUGAAGUGUCGCACCAAACAGUGUUCUCUGCUUCUCUAAUUUUUUUUAUUUAAUUUUCAUGAGUUUGUCAUUUAACUGGCAAUAUAUGAUAACUAGGAGAAGCAGGGCCAACAUUGGAAUUUUAGAUUAGAUGUUACCAGUGUAUUAUGCUAUGUAGCAGCAGAGAGUCUGGCUUGGAAACACAUUUAUAGUGAUUUUCCUUUCUUUAUUCAUUCUCUCUGCUGAUUUUUUUAUGUAUACUUAUACAUAAGUUUGAGACAUGUCCAUGAUUGAGCUCCAAACUUUGUAACUUUUAUGGCUCUUUAUAUUUCCUUAUUCUCUUAACAUUCCCAUUCAGAUUUUCUGCUGCAUGUAUACCAUUAUAUUAAUUAUAUAGUUUUAUGUUCUUUAUCAUAGAGCACUCAAUAUGCAUUUCUGUAAUUAUAAUCCCUUUGAGCUGUUAUUUAUGUUAGUGAUAUCUGUAAUCCUCCCACACUCCUCAGGCUGCUAUUGGGGAACUAACUAGUUUAAGUUUAAUGGCAAAAAGUAUCUACAAAUUUUCUGACAGAUACAAAAAAACAUGUACCAGGAAACAAAUGAGCCCUUUAUGCUCUGUGUGUAUGAUUCUGACAUUUACACACCAAUGAAACACUGACUUUACUGGAAACCAAUGAGAGGUGUCAGACCUCUUAAGCCCAAUAGUUGGCCAUUGUACAUAUUGUGAUAUAGAACUCAACUCUGGCCAUGAGGCAGAGUAGGCACCCCGCCUGCCUCCCAUGUGUGCGUGUGUAUGUGUAGUAGCUUUUUCGUGGUGCCCCCAGGUGUCGUCGUCAUCGUCACCAGACCCCGUCAUCCAACUCCCCAUACUACUGCUGUGUGCAUGUUUUGUUGGUAUUUGUACUGUGGUUGGUAAUAGCUUGUCAGAUCACUAAUCAGCGUAUUGAUAAUAAUGUAAUAUCAGGAAUCAUAUCUUUAAAAUCAUACCUAUGUUAUUUAUCAAUUUUAACAAAAUUUUGAAAGAAUUGGUUCUUUGGUGUAUUUGCUAAGUCCAUGUAGACAAAGAUAGAAAGUCUGGUAGGUAACUAUGUUUGGCCUGGUGCCAUAGGGAGGGAUGUGCCUGUAGAUGCUCUAAAUAAAUGCUAUCUUAA